GAGAGAGAGAGAGAGAGAGAGGGGACAGGAGAGGAGAGGAGUUUAGGAUAAAGACAGUAAGGCAAUCACAGAGGGACAUGACUGCUUGAUGUGCUGUGACAUUUCAGUGCUCGAUUGGACUAUCAGCUUGCAGUGUUUUUCCUAUUGUGCCUGCCAUUAAGCCUAGGGUCGCAGGCCUUCAUUGUGCAGGGCGCUCUCAGGCUUCGCGCUGGAAGGACGGUGCCCCCCGAUGGGGCCUGUGGAGGGGCAGUGCUGUGGGACCUGCCCCUCUCUGCCCCCGAUUAUCAUCCCAGGCCUGGGCAGCGUGGAGCUCUGCAGCACCCAAGAGGACCACCACCUUCCCACGGACGGAGGGAUGGGGUACCCAGAAGCCCAGGCCAUGGAUGAGUUUCCAGUACAGAGAAAAGGGGACCGACUGCCCUUUCAGAUCUUCCCAGAUCCAGUAGUAGUUGUGAGCACUGAAGGCACUCUGAGCUGCGAGCCCCAGGGGAAGGAGCGCCUGCCGUCCAUCGUGGUGGAGCCUACAGACGUCAGUGAGGUGGAGAGCGGGGAGCUGCGCUGGCCCCCGGAAGACAUGGACUUCGAUGAAGAUGAAGAUCUGUUCUUGGAGCAGUGCAUCCCACCCGCUAACAUCGCCGACUGGGGGGAGGAUGAAGAAGAGACCUCUGUCAUUGAAAACCCCCAGCAGACCACUUCUCUUUUAGAUCUUCAGACGGAUGACUUUAGGGACGACACCCCAACUCUUCCUCCAGAGAGUUCUUCGGCUCUGAACUGAUGGACCCGUCCUGUUCUCAGGCUCGUGACAUGUUGAACCUGUGCUGCCACGUCUCAUGUAAAUGAGGACGCUUUCCUGAGCACCAGCUUACAGAGGAACUAAUUGGACCAUGCGACUCUGAAUGUGGUCUGACUGUGGUCGCACACUAACACAACAUAACUGACACUAGGAAAGAGAGCGACGGCAACUUGUGAAGACUGUAGUCAUCGUGCGAAUAUAUAUUGUACAUAAAAUAGUAACUCAUUAAGUCAUCAUAGGUUAAUUUACUGCUUAUCAGUUCUUUUCCCACUUUAGGAACGUGUCUCCACAGUUGUGUCUUUUUAAUAGCUUCGGUGUGUUUAAAUCAGUCAGCAUUUUCACAUUCCCCUUUUUCACGCAGAUCUGGAAAAAUGCCGUGAAAGAGGAAGAAACAUUUUUGUGAUGUUACUCACUCAAAUCAUAUUUGGCUGAUGGUCAUGGUAUGGAGAAGUUGGAAAAUGUUGAAAUGGAUUGUUUCUUUCAAUGGUUUGAAAGAAAAUAUUUAUUUUGCAUCGGAUUCGUGUCUGUCCCCCUUUUCUUUUCCCCAUGUCAGUUUUUGUGUUGAUGUAUUUCAUGUCUGUACUGUAUAAAGCGCUAAAUAAAGGUGACUUAACUGUCCAAACUAUUUUAA